AUGUCUGAACUACAUGAAUUAUGUCGUCUUCAACAAAGACCAAUUGAUCAACAUUACAUUAAAUCUUUACAAUAUUUCCUUAAAGAAGGUAUUCCAUCAACUUAUACAUUAGAAGAAGCUGAAAAUUUUGAAAAUGGUAAAGAUGAAGAAUUAAAAUCUACUACAACUCCAUUACAUAUCAUAUGCUCUAAUUUACCAAAUGAUUUAAACAAAGAUGAAGAAACUGUGGUUUCUGAAAUGAUUGAUGAAUUGUUUAGUUAUGGUGCUGGUUGGAAUUUAAUUGAUUCAAAUGGUGAUACUCCAGGUGAUAUAUUAUUUAAACAAAAUAAACAAAAUUCAAUUUUUUAUGAAAAAUUCGUUGAUGCUGGUGUUAGAGCUGAAAUUUUAUUAAGAAAAAUUAAUGAUGAUAUUGAAUUUAUAAGUGAUGAAGAAUUUGAAGUUCCUGAAGCGGUUGAAGAAGAACAACAACCAGAAGAAGAACAAGAACAACAACAGGAACAAAAAGAACAAAUAAAUCAUGCACCUGAAGUUCAACAACAAGAAAUUUCCCAAGAAGAAUUCAAUCGUAUUAAAAAUGAAUUAGAAUCAGAUCCUGCAAAUACUCAAAAAACUUAUCUUGAAACAAAAUUAGAAUAUAAAAAUGGUGCAUUAAUAACAAAAGAUAAUUUAGAUGGUGUUAUGAUGGAUUGGGAAUAUGAAUUAAUGAAAGCAGGUUGUGAAACAAUUUUCAAAUCAACUAUACCAAAUGAUGAUAAUAAAGAAGAUAUAAAUGAAAUUAAUAUUUUGAAUAUAGGUUUUGGUAUGGGUAUAAUAGAUACAAUGAUUCAAGAAAAAAACCCAACUCAUCAUUAUAUAUCAGAAGCUCAUCCUGAUGUUUUAGAUAAAUUGAAAAAAGAUGGUUGGUAUGAAAAAUCUAAUGUUACUGUAUUGGAAGGUAGAUGGCAAGAAACUUUACCAAAUUUAUUAAAUGAAGGUGUUUUCUUUAAUGGGAUUUAUUAUGAUACUUAUAGUGAACAUUAUGAAGAUAUGUUAGAAUUAUAUGAUAUUAUAGUUGGUUUAUUAAAACCAACAGGUAUUUUUUCAUUUUUCAAUGGACUUGGUGCUGAUAGACAAAUUAUUUAUGAUGUUUAUAAAAAAAUUGUGGAAUUAGAUUUAAAUAAUUAUGGUAUGGAUGUUAAAUAUACUGAAUUGAAAACUCCAAAUACUACAGCUGAAGAUAUGGAUAAUACUGAUGAAAGUGAAUGGAUUGGUAUUAAAAGAGCUUAUUGGAGAUGUAAAACUUAUUAUCAUCCAGAAAUCAAAUUUAUUUAA